GCAGAGUUUACCUGGAGACCGCUGAGGAAUCCGAUUCUGAAGUUAGAAGAAAUUCUUCAAUAUCAACUGUAGGGCAGUUCCAAAUCAAGGUUUUAACAGGUUUCGAGGCAAAGUUCUUCUGCGACGCAAGAACCAUGUCUCAGAUCAGAGGCCCAGCUCUCCUAGCACGCCCUGCAGAGCCUACGGGUAGCAGAGGACCACAACAACGAGGCAGAGCCACCACUUCUCGCCGUACGGUGCCACUAACACCCACGCUUCCAACAGCAGAAGCCGCAUCUGUGGCAAAGAGGCUCGGCAGCAACUAUUUGGAGUGAUGGGACACAGAGCUAAGCAUGUCCUCCCACCAGUCCUUGGAGCGCUCUCGCUGCUGACCAGAUGCGGCGACUUUGAUGAGCGCAUUCAUUUGAUACAGCGUGCUCCCACAUUCUUGUCUGGAAUGGAUGCUUAGCUGGCCACUUCCUGUGUCAUCACUUGUCAAAAACUCAACAUUGUUCCACAUGUUUUCUGGAAAUCUUGGUGCCCUGGUAAAAAUGAACAAGCAGAACAACCAAGCUAGUGAUUCAGAGAGAGAGACAGCAGCCCCAGAGAAAUCAUCUCCUGAUAGAGAGAAGAAAAAGGAACGCUCAGAUGCAUCUAGUUCCCCUAGAACUUCAAAACACCAUAACUCGAGGUCACGUUCACGAUCAAGAGAAAGAAAACGAAAGUCAGAUAAUGACGGGAAAAAAUACAGAAGCCGGAGCAGAAGCAAAGAGAACCAACUUCUUCUUAAAACAGGCAAGAAGACAUGGGUCCAAAGAGAAGUCCUCUAAGAAACACAAGUCAGAAGAUCAUAACGACAAAGAACACUCCUCUGAUAAAGGGAGAGAGAGCCUGAGCACUUCUGAAAACGGUGAGGAUCGGCACAAGCGCAAGGAGCGGAAAUCUUCAAGGGGACGAAGUCAUUCAAGGUCUAAGUCUCGUGAAAGGCGUCAUCGUAGUAGAAGCCGUGAUAGAAAAAAGUCAAGAUCCCGAAGCCGAGAUAAAAAGCGGCGUGUAAGAUCACGUUCUAGAUCAAGAUCUAGACACAGGCAUCGGAGCAGGAGCAGGAGCAGAACUAGGAGCAGGAGCAGGGAAAGAAAGAAAAGACCAGAAAAACCUAGAAGAUUCAGCAGAAGUCAUAGCCGAACGCCUAGUCCUCCACCUUUUAGGGGAAGAAAUACAGCAAUGGAUGCACAGGAAGCAUUGGCCAGAAGAUUGGAAAGAGCAAAAAAACUGCAAGAACAGAGAGAAAAGGAAUUGGUUGAAAAACAGAAGCAACAAGAAAUGGCUGCUGCGGCCGCCGCCACAGGUGGUUCUGUCAUCAACGUCGCAGCUCUUCUGGCCUCCGGAACACAAGUCACUCCUCAGAUAGCGAUGGCAGCUCAGAUGGCAGCCCUGCAGGCAAAGGCCCUGGCUGAGACAGGGAUAGCUGUACCGAGCUACUACAAUCCAGCCGCAGUGAAUCCCAUGAAGUUUGCAGAACAGGAGAAAAAGCGGAAAAUGUUGUGGCAAGGCAAAAAAGAAGGGGAUAAAUCCCAAUCUGCAGAAAUCUGGGAGAAACUGAACUUUGGAAACAAGGACCAAAAUGUUAAAUUUAGAAAAUUAAUGGGUAUUAAGAGCGAAGAAGAAACUGGUGGCGGCGGUGGCAGUGCAGUGGAUGAAGAAAGUUAUAAGACUUUGAAGCAGCAAGAGGAAGUAUUCCGAAAUCUAGACGCACAAUAUGAAAUGGCAAGAUCGCAGACGCACACACAAAGAGGAAUGGGAUUGGGGUUUACAUCUUCGAUGCGAGGAAUGGACGCUGUUUGAAAGAUUGUGACCGGAAAGCCUGGGACUUUGUUUAAAAAAAUUCUUGUUCAGAUAUUGGGUCCUUGUUCACCAAAAGCUAGCAUCCUAGCUUGCAUGGGUGUUGCAUUGACUUUAAUUUAUUGACAUUACAAUUUUUGUAAAUAUCAGAUCAGUGAUAACUGGUGUUCCAUGUUGUAAUCAGGUUAUACUCACUUCAUUACACUUCACAGAGCUUUAGAAGGACAUUUUUAGUUCUGUGGUUUCAAAACAGAACAGGUGAGGGCAAACUCAUACAUGGAUAUUUUGUGUCCACUGUCUUGUGUACUUUUGUACUUUAAUCUUGUACAGUUAUUUUCAACUCUUAGAACAUAAAACACAUUGUGUAGGUGUUAAUCUAGCAGACUGGGCCAGUGGGUACAUAAUGCAGUGCAAAACCUGGUUAAUAAAAUGUUUUUUCUCAAAUA